UAAAUAUCUGUUCUUGAUUCAAUGGAAAGCACAAUCUAUCUAAGCUUUAAUUCUAUUUCAAUGUUUUUAUUUCUUCAAAGAUGUAUGAGAACUUUUGCUUUAGUCUCCCCUGAUAUCACAUAAGCAUCUGGCAGAUGUCUAUUGGAUGUCUGCAUUUACAUACGCAAUACAUCCGCACAAAAUAGUUUGCUCAACGUCAAUCCGUCUCAGAGAAGUCUGAUCAUAUCGACAUCAAGAAGAUGUCUGUAAGAUGUUUACGAUUCAGAAUGGAUGUAAAAUUGCUCUUUCUUAGAUGUUUAGCAGAUGUUCCUUCACAGGAGAGGUUUUCCGGAUCUCCGAAACGUCUGACGGACGUACCUGUGCUAGACGGGUCAAGAAGUUCUCCUGAGGAAAAAAAGAGACAUUUAGGUUUUAAAUAAAAAAGAUUUUGGGUUUAACAGUUGGAUUUACAUAAGAACACAAUGAAUUUAGGGAGUCCAGCACCACCUGACGGCUUUCCUUGUAUUUACAGCCAAACACAGUGUUCAGGAAAGGGCGGAGUGAAUCACAUUUCUCUACGUACAGUAAACGAGACUCAGUUUUACUUCACUACAUCGACCUUAACAAUAUGGAGACAGUUAACUAUACACACGUUUCUUUCAUUUAAUAUAGGUAGUUUGUUUUCCUUUUAAAGUGCUCUUUUGAAGCGCACUCGUCGGGGAAGUGUGCAGCGGUGAGUCCCGAAUGUCACUCUUUAAAAUCUUUCAGACUCCGUCAACAACAGCAGGAUAGCCUCGGUUUAAAGUGCAUGUGACGAUGAGAUCAAUGACAGUCUUUAAUCUUCCUCCUGACGUUCAUAUGACCUUCAUCUGUUUCUAACUGUUUCCAGCAGGACCUUCACAUAAUGGAACUUCAUAACAUUAGUGAAACCUUAACAAACUACACUGCUGAGCAGGUUAAGGAAAGAACCCAACUGUCUUUGGAGUGCAAUGAGGAACCUGGUGAUAAACCAUCACAAUUCACGCAGAUUAAGGGUCCUGAUUCAAUUACAGAGACUGAUGACCAACAAACACAUGAGCAAGAGCUUAACAGGAUCUCACACAAUAUGACAACAGAGAUGGACAUUAAUCAGGGGGAUAGUGAUCAUGUUCUGGAAAAGAAGCAAGACACAGAGCGUGAGACACCUAGAGGAGAGAACAAUCCCAAACAGAAAGGAGAAAAGAAAAAAAACAGAAAUCCCUUUUUGCCCGAUCUUGCAGCUAGGAGCAAAACAGUGCAGAAGAGGAAUGGGAACCAAGAUGGUGGAAAUGACAGUGACCCUGCAGACACUAAAGCCCAUGAGAGGUCCCUCAUGGAAUGGCUGGAUGACUUCCGUUUGGACGAAUCUAAGAGGGAAGAUGAAGAGAAUCUUGAUGGCCUCAUGGAUUGGUGGAGCAAUGUGGAGCAAUGGGAGGAGAUGGCCAAAGGUGUCAACAUGACGGAGAAAGAAGAAGCCAAGGCUUUUGCUUUAACAGCCGAGAAGGUGCAGAAAGGCAUACAUGUGUUUAACAAACUGUUCUCAGAACGAGCGGAGGGACUGUGGCAGCACGUGAUCGACCUGCACGCCAUCGCUGAUGGCCUGGACCGCUUUAACAAGAAGACCAAGAUCGCCCAGAUCACUGGCGGCUCCACGAGUGCUUUGGGGGGCAUUGCCACCAUCACUGGUCUCGCCCUUGCACCUUUCACCCUGGGAACCUCUCUGAUCGUGACUGCCGUCGGCUUGGGCGUUGCCAUAGCCGGCGGACUAACCUCGGCCUCUGCCGGGAUAUCCAACACCGUCAACAACUCUUUGGAUCGCAAGAAAGUAGAACGCAUCGUGGAGGACUACCAGGAGAAGAUGGCCGACCUUAACAAAUGCAUGAAGUUCAUCAAGCAGGGAAUCACAAACCUGCGCAAGUUCAAUCUGAACAGGGUGAAGAAGCACGCGUACAAUCAGGAUUUUCCUGGUUUUGAUAAUAUCUAUGAAGACGGCGCCAUGGCAGGCAAAGCCAUUCUAAGCAAUGCCAAUGAGAUCAUGCGAGUGAUGCAAGUAGCCAACGCAGCCGGAACGACGGCGGCACGCGCCGUGCAGAUCGCCAGUAUAUCCACUGGUGUUUUGACUGGACUGUUUGUUGGGAUGGACAUAUACUUUGUGGCAAAAGACUCGCACGAGCUGAAAAAGGGUGCAAAGUCAGAAUUUGCUGCCAAGAUUAGAGAGGUGGCAGAGCAGUUACAUGAGGGUUUGGUGGAGCUCAACAGCAUUCGAGAGGAGCUGCAGUUAAGCAACGCUGGAAACGAAAAGCAAGCUGCCUCCUGACAACACCUGCAGAUAUCUCUAUAAUCGCUUCCUUGAUUUGAUGAUCAUCUACAGGUAGAAAGGUGGAUGGCAGGUUAAAACAAUUCUUGCGUCCCACAGGUCCAUGAGUUUCCAGUUCUUUUUUUAGAAAUUAACACAAAGCUACAUCCUACAGCUACAACUAUAGCUACAACGUUUUAUGUACUUAUUUUAGCUUCAAUUAGACUAAUAGAAUAUGCAGUAAUAUAGUCUGUAAGGUGGUACAUGUACUUUUGUAAUAUGUUUGAUGAAUUUGAUGAGUGGUUCUCCAUUUUUGGUUUUAUUUUGUAAAUAUUUCCCUGUGGGUAUUUCUAAAACCUGACAUAACACUGUGCAAGAAAAUUAUGUUCUUAUUCGUUUAGUCUUGUUUUCCAACACAACUAUUCAGAAUUCUAUAAAACAUGAUAUAUUCACUUGAAGCAAAAGCAUUUUCUUUAUUUCAGAAAAAAAUCUAACACAAUAUUAGUUAAUGUAUGAGGUAAAAAAAUCCUUGAUUUUUUCCUUUUGAAUUAUAUUUAUAAUAUUUAUAUUUUAUAAUUAUAUCCGAUAAUUCAUACUGUUUAUAAGAUGUUUUAAUUAUUGUUUUGGAAAACAAUCAGAGCUGUCAAAUGAUUAAUCGCGAUUAAUUGCAUAUAGAAUAAAAGUUUGAGUAACACAAGAUAUGUCUGUUUACUGUGUUUGAUAAUUUUGUUUUUAUAAAAACGUACACAUACAUGCAUGCAUAUAUUUUAGAAAAAUAUCAAACAUAAAUGUAUAAUUAAAUUAUUGGUAAAUCUAAAUAAAUACAUAUAAUAAAAAUGUAUACAUGUGUGUGUGUUUAUACAUAAAUUAAUAUGCACAGUAUCCAGACAUGAGGCAAACACAAACUUCCGUUUAGAUGUGAUUAAUCAUUUGACCGCCCUAAAAAACAAACAUUGUUUUUGCUAUUUAUUACAUUUUGCAGAGCAUUAUAUAUGUGUGUACCAGGACAAAAGCAUUGUGAGGACCUUUUUGCUUUUUCCUAACAUUAAAUGAUUUAAUAACC